AAAGCUUCGAUGGACAUCGCAGAGCCGCAUCAACACCGUCACAACAAUACCCGCCAUCGGAGAUAGCCUAGCAUUACCACCUCGCCCGACUUCAUACCUUCCCAUCUCCGCCCAUAUUGAGAGCACGUCACAAAGAUGCCCGCCACAACAGCUGAGACGCUGUCACUCGUGACCCGCAACGUCUCGGUCGCGCCUCUCGUGCUCCUCUCCGCAGCAGAUCAUUACGGCCGACAAGCCAAGGGAACGCGGAAACGAGUAGUCGGUGUACUGCUGGGACAGAAUGAUGGCAAGGAUGUAAGGGUGUCGAACAGCUUUGCUGUACCGUUCGAGGAAGACGAGAAGGAUCCUUCAGUAUGGUUCCUGGAUCACAACUACGUCGAGUCAAUGAACGACAUGUUCAAGAAGGUCAACGCGCGGGAGAAGCUCAUCGGCUGGUAUCACACAGGGCCUAAACUGCGGCCUUCGGAUUUGGAGGUCAACGAGCUGUUCAAGCGGUACACACCGAAUCCUCUCCUUGUCAUCAUCGAUGUACAGCCCAAGGAGGUGGGCGUACCGACUGAUGCAUACUUUGCAGUUGAGGAGAUUAAGGAUGACGGCACAACAACCUCAAAGACCUUCGUCCACACGCCCUCAAUAAUCGAAGCUGAAGAAGCAGAAGAGAUUGGCGUCGAGCACCUCCUCCGCGACAUUCGCGACGUCGCCGUUGGCACUCUUUCUACCCGCAUAACCUCACAACUGCAAUCGCUGCAAGGCCUCCACCUGCGGUUGCGCGACAUCGGACAGUACCUACAAAAGGUCCUGGACGAAGACCUGCCCGUCAACCACGCCAUUCUCGGAAACCUACAAGACGUAUUCAACCUGCUCCCGAAUCUGUCUACACCCAAGGCUGCACCGGUAGGCGGCGCAACGAACGGCGUGGGAGCCGCGUCGGGGCAAGCGGGCGCAGUUGAUAACGGAGAGCUUGCGAGGGCGAUGAGCAUCAAAACCAACGAUCAGCUGAUGGCCAUCUAUCUGUCAAGUUUGAUCCGUGCGAUAACCGCCUUCCACGAUCUGAUUGAGAACAAGAUACAGAACAAGCAGCAGGCGGAAGACAAGGAGGCGAAGAAGGACGAGGACAAGGAUGGCGAGAAGGAGAAGAAAGACGACAAGUCGAACGGCGAGGUCAAAGAGGGCGAAAAGGGCAAGGAGAAGGCCAAGGAGGGAGAGAAGAAGGGUUGAGCGGCGGGGAUGACACAGGGAAUGCUCUGACAUGGUAGAUUUGACCACCGCUUACUUGCGGUAGAAGUGUAUUAUACCACACAUGGGAUGAUUGGUCAAGAGAGGGCUGAGCGUAACGUCCAUGGCCACAGCAUCGAUGAC